AUGAAAUUCCUGCUAGUCGUCGUUGGCCUGGCCGUUGCCGUCGCAGCCGAAGAGCCAAUAUUUUACAACUACCAUGAAGAGAUCGGUAUCCCCGAAGCUGCACGGAUCAAGCUCGCCGAGGCGGCCCAGGACUUCGACGGCUCCAGGAUCGUAGGGGGACAGGUGUCUUCUCUCGGCUCACAGCCUCACUUGGGAGGUCUGGUUAUCACUUUGACCGACGGUAGACAGUCAGUCUGCGGAUCUUCCCUUCUCACCAACACCAGACUGGUGACCGCCGCCCAUUGCUGGAGACAUCGUUCAACCCAAGCUCGCACGUUCACCGUCGUCCUAGGCUCCGUCCGGCUCUUCACCGGCGGUGUUCGUGUCAACACCAACAAUGUUCAGAUGCACGCCAGCUACAACCACGACACCCUUAACAACGAUAUCGCUAUGGUUUUCACUUCACACAUUACUUUCAACAAUAACAUUCAACGCAUCAACAUCGCCAGUGGCAAUAAUAACUACGUCGGUGCCUGGGCUACAGCUGCCGGUUACGGUAGAACCGGUGAAAAUGUCGGUAUCAGCACCAACCAGGUAAAGAAGCAAGUUAACCUGCAAGUGAUCACCAAUGCCGUGUGUGCUAACACUUUCGGAAACAGAGUCGUCGUCGCCUCCACCCUAUGUACCGCCACCUCCGUCGGUCAGAGCACCUGCCAAGGGGACUCCGGCGGUCCUCUAGCCAUUGGCAGUGGCGGCAGUCGCACUCUGAUCGGUAUCGUAUCCUUCGGCUCCACCGCCGGCUGCGCCCGGGGCUUCCCCGCCGGUUUCGCCAGGGUGACCUCAUUCAACUCCUGGAUCAGAGCCCGCCUUUAA